AUGUCCGCGGGCCGCCCGUUCCUGGCCUGCGCCUGCUUCUUCUCGGAUAACAUCUUCGUGGGACGCUACGGGCUGCACGUCCGGUACCAGGACGAGGGGCAGCUCCGCCGCGAUCACGGACGGGCGCUGCGGGAGAGGGGCUGCCGAAGCGAGGAGGAUUUCAGCGUCGUGCUGCGGGAGAUUGAGGCAGAAGUGCAGCGAAGAAAACAGUUAAUUCAUCAGUCAGUGGAACGCAAAGCCAUCAUCUCUAAGUGCUACAGGCAAAAGCACCCAGAAGUGUAUGUUCUGCAGGAUUCAUUCCUAGCCCCAGAGUUUCUGGAAAUUGUGAGGUACUGCACAUCACCAGAUGCUCAUCUCCACGGCCUCCUGCGCUACAUUGAGUCCUUCUCAGAUAAGAGGAUCUAUCGACUCCCAGUGUUCACACAGGAGUUCUGCCUAGCCUUUGUGGAUGAGCUGGAGAACUUUGAGCAGUCCGAUAUGCCUAAAGGCAGGCCUAACACCAUGAAUAACUAUGGGGUUUUGUUAAAUGAGCUUGGGAUGGAUGAAGCUUUCAUCACACCCCUGCGUGAGCAGUACCUGCAGCCCAUAACAGCUCUGCUUUACCCUGACUUGGGAGGUGCUUGUCUGGACAGCCACAAAGCGUUUGUGGUCAAGUACUCACUACACGAAGAUCUGGAUUUGAGCUCUCACUAUGACAAUGCAGAAGUCACCUUAAAUGUUUCACUGGGAAAAGACUUCACAGAAGGCAACUUGUACUUUGGGGAUUUCAAUCAGGAUCCUACUCCUGUGCCAAAGUACAUGGAGAUUGAACAUGUGGGAGCCCAGGGGCUGUUACACCGAGGAGGGCAGAUCCAUGGAGCACUUCCUAUUGCCUCUGGGGAACGGUGGAACCUCAUUAUUUGGAUGAGAUCCUCACCCAUCCGCAACCAGCUCUGCCCUAUGUGCAACAAGAAACCUGAGCUGGUGGAAGCAGAGGGCUUUGGAGAUGGGUUCACAGAAAGCCUUGAAGACGAUGCCCCUGAGACUGUGAAUUUCUGUACCAUGUGGUAGCAGACCACAGAGAACCUGAUUUCUCCAGAACAAGUGGCCUAAAACUCCUUUCUGACCUCUCAGACUGCACUAACAGAUUCUGACAGAUACACAAGUCAUGUAAUUAGUAGUGAGCUCCUUGCAAAGUGAUGCAAAACCAGUUGUGCUGGGGUUAGGGAAGCAAGCUUAGACAGUGAAAGAGCUGGUACCCAGCUUGCCAGGGCUCACACUUGGGCUGGGGGACUGCUUGGAAGACAUAGGAAGCCUUAACACUUGCUUACUGCAAAGGCCCUGUAAAUAUUUUCAGUUGU